AUGAGAAUCCUCUCAGCCACCGCCAAUCUACUCGCUAACGCCAAACCCCAAUUCAAAUUCCUCCCCGCAAAUCUCAGCUCCACUAUUUUCCAUCGUUUUACUAGCACUACAGCGGCGCCGGCGCUUUCCCCCAAUUUGAAACAGCAUGACAACACCAACAAAAAUCUCAUGCUUAUGGUGCCAUUACUCAACGUAACAACCUGCGACUACUGCGUAAUCUCAAUGGAAAACAACUCGGUCCGAGUGGUGCAAGAUAAUCUUCCCAACUUAUCGUUACUCAGAGCUGAAAAUUACUAUAAAGAAUAUAUGAACGCCGAUUAUAUCGUUCGAGCGUGUUCCAACUACAAAUGGAUGUUGUUGACAUGUCAAAAAGUGCCUGGACCUUCGUACGAGCUUCUGUGGGACCCGACGACUGACGAGACGAAACCCCUUCCUCUUUCUGCACUUAGGCCUCCCCUGCCUUUCCCAAUAUUCAGUUUCUGUUGGGGUGUUGGUGUGGGGUUUGAUCCUCAUCCAUCCGGGGAUUAUAAGGUGGUCAGAUCUCAAAUGUUCCUUUAUCAAGGAUCUGACAUUCGAAUCCGCUCUGAGGUGUUGUCCCUCCAAACGGGUCACUGGAAGGAGAUUCCGUAUCCUUAUGGUCUUGAGUUCAAACCCAUUGAAAACCGUGCUCUUCACAUAAAUGGCUUCUAUUACUGGCUAGCUUGUCAUCUUACCAAGAAAACGUACGCUAUUGUUCCGUUUGACUUUGCUAAUGAGAAGUUUCCACCUGCUCUCAUCCCUGUUCCCAAAAGCGAAAAGCUCGGGGACAAUGUGAGAGUUGUUCCUGCUGAGUUUCACGGUUCGCUUGCGGCUAUUGUUUACGAUUUUAAUAAGAAGAAGAAGAAGAAGAAGAAGAAGGCUUGUUUUGAGAUUUGGGUGUGGGGUAACGACGAUUGGUCUUGGGUGGAUGAGUUUGAGGUUCCUACUAACUGUGAUGCUCUACAUGCGAUAAUCGGUCUCUACAAGAAUGAUAAAGUGCUCAUUCAGGACUCCAAUGGUGAACUAUUGCUUUACGAUUGUGAGACCCGCAGCUUGAAAUAUCUCGGAAUCCAUGAUGACUCGUUCAACUUGCGGUUUUACCCCUAUGGAAAAAGUACGGUGAACAAAGGGGAUAAAUUAGUAAGCCUGCAGAAGGAUUCUCCACACAAAGAGAAGGAAACUACUGAAAUUAAAUCGAUAAGGCCGCCUUCACAAUUCACUCAAAGGUCUCCAACAACAGACAAUUCAGAAGAUAGCAACGAAUUAGAGAAAUUUAAAAAAAUGAAACUCGCUGAAUUGAAAGAAGUUGCAAAGUCUAAUGGAAUCAAGGGUUACUCAAAACUGAAAAAGAUUGAGCUUGUGGAGCUCCUUACUAGCAAUGGUGUUUGA